AUGACGUUCACGCGCGGGGGAGCGCGGCACCGGCGCGCCUCGGGGCGGGGCCGGCGUCGCCGCGGAGACCGGGACGCGGGGGUGCCAGGCCAGGGGGUGCCGGGAGGCAGCAGGGAGCCCCCAGCCCUGCCGGGCUCUCCUGGGCACCGCGGGCAGGCCUGGCCACAAGGGUGGCGGCUGUGUCCUCCGUCCAGAGCAUGGCCUCCCGGGAGAGCGAGCGGCCGCCUCCAGGCUGCGCGGGGACAAGUUCCCGGCCCCCCACGGCCGCCGCCGUCCCCAACGGACGUUGUCCCCGGGCGCCUGAGCGAGGCGCAGUGGCUGGCGCUGGUCGCGGCUGAGAGGGAUGAGGAUGUGGGGGACGUCCUGGCGGAGCUGCUGGGCCGCGUGAUGGAGGAGUGCUUCCAAGUCUACCUGGCUCGGCAGUGUGGCAGCGCCAGCACCGCCUGCGGGACACCGCGGCCGCCGUCCCCGUGGGCCCCUCGCCCGCCGCGCUUGGUGGCCGCGGGGCUGGGGGCUGCCAGGCCUCACCGUGUGAGCCACGCUCACGGCUGCCCUUUGCCGUCCGCACCGGGUACCGAGGCGGGUCCUGUGCGGCAGCGCGUGCCCUUCACCGUGAGCCAGGCGAGGGACGCCAUGCUGCAGGUCGCCGCGUGGCGCUUCCUGGCGCGGGACGAGGGGGAUGCGGAGCUGCGGGGGGGACGGCGCCGGCAGGAGGACGAGGAGCCCGAGCCCUGCGCCAUCGACACCUGGGCUCAGGGCUCGGUUCCCGUCCUGCAGGAGCAUCCGUCCCUGUGCCCGGGGACAGAGAGGUCUCCAGCACCGACACCGUCCUGUCCGAGGCCGAUGUGCCUCCUCAGCACCCCGCAAGCGUGCCAGCACCUUCCCACCACGCCUCUGCCGCAGGACGGGGAGCUCACCGCUCCCCAGCCACCCAGGGGAAGAUCCAGCAGCUCCCAUGGCCCAGCACCGCGACCAGCCCCGCUCAGCCCUGCCGCGGCACGGCCCCGCCGCCAGCCCCGGCACCGCCCAGGCCCUUGCCCGCCUCGAGAGCCUAAGCCCCUGGCACAGAGGGAGGCUGGCAGCGCGGCGGAGGACGGCGGGGACGGACUGCUUCUGCCCUCUCCUGCACACCCCUGCCGGCACCACGCUGGGAACCUCCACGGCUGGACCCCGACAGGCGCUGGAUCCCGGCCCAGGUGGAGGUGCUGGACCCGGGCGAGAGGCAAGUGGCAAGCCGUGUCCCCAGCCGCCCGCCGGGCACAGCCGGGAGCCUCGGAGCCCCGCCGUGCGGCUGUGAGGGGCCGGGCAGCUCGCUGCCCCCCCCUGGGGCUGGCAGCUGCGGGGGGAGCACGGCCCCUGCCGCCUGCCCCGGGGGCCCGGCAGCCCAGCAGCCCCCAGCCCCCAAAGCUGGGCUCCUUGCUGGGUGCCGUCCGGCUGGCCCCUGGCGUCACCAUCAGGCGCGGCAGCGGCGAGAGACAUGGACUCUGGCUCCCUGCUCGCCAUGAGGAGGAGGAGGAGAUGGGGGAGGCCAGGCGGGACCUGAGGCCCCUCCGCCCCACCGUGCCCUCCCCACUGUCGCGGUGAGCCAGGUCACCGGCUAUGGCCCGCAUUGAAUGCCAGCAACCAUCCGA